GAGAGUGCGCCCAAGCCGCCAAAGCGCAGCAGCACACCCCGCAGGGAUGGCACUCCUUCCGGGUUUCGCAUCAUCGUGCCGGACUACUGCCGGCCCGGCCAGGUCAUUUGUGUUCAGGGGCCAGAUGGACAGCAAGUGGAGGUGACGGUGCCGAUGGGGGUGGGCCCCGGACAACCCAUGUGGGUGCAGGUCCAGCCACGUGCCAGUCCUACCGCGGCGGCCGGCGCGGCCCAGAGCAGCGAG